AAAGUAGUCGACCCAUCAGUAAAUUGAGUGGUGGCCAAAGGAGACGGGUUUCCAUCGCUAUAACUAUGGUUCACAGACCGAGACUUAUUAUAUUGGAUGAGCCGACGGUUGGAGUGGACCCUCUGCUUAGACUUAGAAUGUGGCAGUAUUUAGAAAAUUGCUGCAAACGCUAUGGCCAAACAGUGAUAAUAACGACCCAUUAUAUAGAGGAGGCGCGGAGUGCGGCAAACGUGGCGUUCAUGGCGUCUGGAGUUAUCCUCAAACAGGAGAAUCCAAAUCAACUGCUUCUACACUAUAAUUGUCACACUUUGGAAGAAGUGUUUCUUUAUCUAUGCGUUAAUCACAACAAGAAUCUGAAAAAUAGAGAUAAAAAUGCAAAUGAAAUCACAAAUAACAACAUGUCUGACACGAGUGGUGGUAAUGAACGCAUUAUUGAUGGCAAUAUAAUUGAGGAAAACUUUGGAUUAAAAUACGAAUCAAAUGAAAACAAUAAUAAUUACAAACAAAAUAUGAUUCAUAAGAGGGAUGGAAUUAAUUUGAAGAGAAUUAAGACAAUGAUUUGGAAAUACUUUGUGCUAACAAUGAGAAGACCUUUAUAUUUGAUAGUGUUUUAUAUCAUGCCUUUAAUAGCGUUGACAUCAAUGAAGUUAUCCAUAGGCCGUAAACCACAUCACAUUCCCGUUGCCUAUUAUAACGCCGACCCAAACGCCAAACUGUCGCAACUCUUUCUCGAUUCCAUAGAACCCUAUUAU